AAAGCAUGAGCUGUAGACCAUGCCUACAUCCCUGAUGUUCAUCUAUUGAUCUCAUUUCCUGUUCGACUUUGCUCACCACAAUAUUUAACUGUUUUUCUUUCAGGCGCUUUGCCCUGACAACAAAGAUCCCCGACACAAAGGGUUGUCAUAAAUGCUGCAUAGUGAGAAACCCUUAUACAGGCCAUAAGUACCUGUGUGGGGCUCUUCAGUCCGGCAUUGUCCUGUUGCAGUGGUACGAGCCCAUGCAAAGGUUUAUGCUCAUCAAGCACUUUGACUUCCCUCUUCCCAGCCCGCUCAAGGUGUUUGAAAUGCUGGUGGUCCCUGAGCAGGAGUACCCUCUGGUGUGUGUCGCCAUCAGUGAGGGUACAGAGCAGGGCCAGGUGGUUCGCUUUGAGACCAUCAACCUCAACUCUUGUUCAUCCUGGUUCACAGAGAUGGGAACAAAUAAUCAGCAAGUGGAUGCAAUCCAUGUCACUCAGCUGGAGAGAGACACAGUGUUGGUGUGUUUAGACCAAAAUGUAAAGAUUGUUAAUCUUCAGGGCAGACUGAAGUCCAACAAGAAGCUGGCCUCUGAGCUCAGCUUCGACUUCUGCAUUGGAGCUGUUGGUAAGAUGUCCCACAAGUUGCCUACUUAGCAUCAGAGGAAAGGAUUUAAG